UUUGGAAAAUACCGAAAGUACUAAGAAACUCUAAAUAGAUUUUCUUAAAUCUUCCUGGAUCUCUGUUUUUAUUUGAAUGGAACCAGGCAGUUGAUAUCAAAUAAUAUUUUAAAUAUAUCACUUUAUCGAUACGUACAUUACAAACCGCUAAACUGGCGUCCGAAAACUAUCCAAAGAAGAUGCUAGACGGGUGGUACUGUCGGUCUAUAGCAAAUAUGCAGGCCAAUGAAGCAGCCAGUGCAAGCAAUAGCAUGAACGCAGAUGCGCCUCGCAGCCUCGACUCUCGGAAAGACUAUUCCAGUGACAGCAGCAGCGACCAAGAGCCUGAACCCAAUUACAAGGCUCAGUAUUUUACACUCAAGAAAAAACUGAAGUAUCUCAUUUAUGAAAAUGAAUGUUUUCAAGAUGCUCUAAGAAGCAGUCAAAAGAGACUUCUUAAGGUUUCCCGCGACCGCAGCUUCCUGUUAGACAGAUUGUUGCAAUAUGAGAAACAUGAAAGCACCACUUCGGACAGUGAAGAUACCGAGUCCUCGGAUGAUGCAACUUAUAAUCAUGCUGAGACAAUGAAAAGGAAAAAGAUGGACAACAGUGCUGGCCAGCAAGUCUUAUCCACACCAUCUGCACUCAAUAAAGGUCUCAAUAAUACUAUGAAAAGGAAAAGAGCAGUUGUCCCUAAAAAAACACCAAAUACUAAUAAUCCUGUAAGACAGAAGAUGCAUCAAGCUAGUGGUACCAUGAUGGCGAAAGCAUCGCCAGCACUAGGAUUUGGUCUAUCGGCGAGCGAUGGUCACAUGACUCCCGAAGAGGUGGAACGCCACCUACAGUCACGGCAGUCCUACCUCGAACUGUUGCCUGAGCGAGCGCCCCCAACUGUACCUACAGAAAUGUUUAGCAAUGACCCUUCACUUGACAGUGAAUCAAAUGAUGUUCUGGAAAAUUCACCAAAUGUGGACGAAUGGUUUGAUUAACAGUAUCUGUCCAUCACUUCGGUGAUAAUUCUGCCAAGGACUCAUCUAUGGUGUCAUACAAGUGGGUCUCAUGAAAAACAUACACUUGGUGUUAAGAAUAUAAUUAGUUAUAUAACAUGUGUAAUAAUUAAUAUUUGCAUAUGUAAAAAUGUUAUUUUUAAGGUGUACAGUCAUUAUGUUCACAAGUCAGUGUUCAAACAUAUUUUAUGCUUGCUGCAUUUAUAGUACAUUUUAUGCAGUUUGCUAUAAAAUAGUAGACUUUGAAUGUAGCUGUAAAAUUUAAGAUAAAUGAAAGACCAUGUUAAAUAUGUACUGGUUAAAUAUUUAUUUUAGACAAGUAUUAAUAAGGUACAAUAUGAUUUCAAAGCGCAAGGGCAAACAACUAUAUUAUCCUCAUAAUGAACCACACUUGAAUUUUCAUGCUAUAUUUUACACAGUGUAACCACACAAUACAUAGUGUAUGCGUAUAUUAAAUAAGCAGUUAUACUCUAAUUCAUAAUAUACAUAUAUGUAAUAUUUUACCAAAUUGAUGUAAAUACAUACAUUGAUUCAUAAAACAUACUUAUUUUAUUGUAACUAUACCUCAAACAAUUCUACCAUGCAAAAAGCUUUAGCAUGCUACAGAUUUUUAUAACAACAUUUAAUAUUCAAUGGAUUUAUUCUCUAUUCUAAAUUUGCCUAACUAUCUCUAAAUACUUCAUGAAAACAAUAUAAAAAAAUAAAACGUCUACUUUAACUUUUGUGAGAUUCUAUACUCAUGAGUAUACAUUAACAAAAGUCUAUAUUUGAUAACUCUUAAAUACAUGAGCUAGAAAGGUACAUGGCAUUUUCGUGUUAUUACUAUCAUAUCGAGUUUACAACUUUACAGCAUCAAAUUUCUUUCCACACAUGUAACAUAUGAGAGAUAGAUUAGAAAACUGUUUAUUAUAAAUUGAACUGAAAUUGCCACAGAAUUGUAUUUAACAAUAAAAAUAUGGAAAAUGAAAAGCUGAGCAAUGCUGUGUACAAGGUUUUUUUAUAGUAUAAUACAGGUACACUGUACUUUGAAAAUUUUUGACCACUGUGAUUAACACAAUUUUAUUCAAUAAUAUGUUAUAGUGAACAUAUAAAUAAUAAUACAUAUUAAGUGCUAGUGCACAACACUGUAGCUCAAAUAUUAGAGUUACAAUAUUAUAACAUUUUUAAUUUUAUGUAACAUCAUUAUAAAUUUCAUGAAUAAUUUUAUGAGGUUCAACGUUGAGUAACAUCUAUUGAUUACCAUUUCCUACAAUUUAAAUCCACCAUAUUUUUAACUGGUGAGGGUAAAUAAAAAAAUAUCUUAAAAUUUAUUUCAAAUUAGUUGAAACAAAUCUCAUAUCAAAAUCUAUCAAUGGCCGCCUGCACACACUCGACAUAUUUUUGACAAUAUUUAAGGCAAGGUGGCCUAGUCUUGUAGCCCCAGAAUUGCCACUGGUAUUUUUUGUACACUGCACAGGCUUCACACCUCUUGUUCAGAGCCUACAAUUUACCAUCAUACUAUGUGUAUGCAAACUGGCAAUAUUAUUUAUUGCCUUAGGUGGAAUUAGCCUUUAUUUAUAUUAGAGCCUUACAUACACAAUAAUAUUGCCAAUAUCAUGUAUGUGCUGGCUUCCAAUGGAAUAUGUCAUAAAACAAUAUAUACCAUGAUAAACAAGUACAGAUGUAGUUUAAGCCUGGUAUGUAAACUACAAAAUGUUUGUAAAUAAAUAUUGCUCAAUUUACACUACUUCAGAAAAGUUCAACUAUUUUAAAUCAAUCCAUGAUAAGAAAUGAUGACUUACAAUAGCAGGAUUUAAUAUCUAAAUGAUUUUGUCCCACUAGUGGAACAAUUAAUGACAAAAAAUAUACAAUGAAUACAAAACUAUUCAAACUUAUAUACAAUUUUUGGUAAGUUUAUACCAUAUAAAUUACUACUUUUUUUUGCACUAUAUAUUAGCAGUUGAAUUUAUAAUGUAUGAUCAUUAUAUGCAUACUACAAUAAUUCAAUAACAUUCUUUUAUUAUAAAAAAGGAAUUUUUGUCAAAACAGUAUGAUGUUCACUGCUUAAAAAUUGCAUUAAAAAUAUAAUAUAAAAAAUUUCAUACUUUAUGUCAUGUAAGUGUGCCUUUCUGCAGUUGGUGCAAAAAAUGUUGCAAAAUUACAAGUAAAAACAGACAGCUAUGAGUGGCUGCAGUUGAUCAUAAAACUAACAUUGUCCAACUUACAUAACACAAACUAUAAGACUAAUGUUAAGAAAAUAAAUUUAAUUGAGACAUAACAAAAUAUAUUACUAUGUACUGUUGUCUUUUGGUUAUCUUAAAAACAUUUAUAACAAUAAAUAUAUAUUUAAUUAA